CGAGCACUCAGAGAAAGACGAUGGGGUCGUCACAGUCUUCGCAAAUACUUGAUGAUGAAGAAGAUGAAGAAGCAGAGAGCGAAGGUGAAGAAGUAGAAGAAGAAGAAGAAGAGGAAGGUGUUAAUGGCGGAUUGAACAACAGAAGAAUCGAGCUGGAUAAUCUCUUGGUCAAGAAGGUUCUUGAGCAAGAGCCUGAGAUGCUUCCUUGUCACGCCUCUGCUUCUCCACUCUCUCCUCAGCUCUCUUCUCUUGGAACUCCUCGAAUCGGACCUUCCAUCAAAGUCUGGGAUCCUUACAACGUCCUCGCGCCUCCUCCUUCUUCUCCGCCUCUCUUCUCUCGUAUCUCCGCCGCCGCGGAACACGAUCGCUCCGCCGUGACGGAAGUCUAUUUCAUCAGCCAUGGCGAGUGUGAUCUCAAUCUCAGGCCUGAUCUGAUUGGAGGUAGGUGCCACGUGGCUACUCUCACACCCAAUGGAAAACGUCAGGCGAGAGCUCUCGCCGUCUUUUUAAACUCCGAAGGUGUUCGAUUCACUUCCGUCUUCUCUUCGCCUCUGGAUCGAGCUAGAUCCAUGGCUGUUUCCGUUUGCCAGGAAAUGAAUUAUCCGGAAGAGCAUUUGCAAGUCUCGGAUGCUGUCGUUGAGAUGAGUUUAGGGGACUGGGAAAGCUGUCAUCGGUCAGAGAUCUACACACCGGAAACUUUAAGCUUAAUAGAAAGAUGCCAACCUGAUUUCUCAGCUCCAUCCGGCGAAUCACUUAGACAAGUAGAGUUUCGGAUGGUUCAGUUUCUGAAUGGGACAGUCUCAGGACUUUCGGAGAAGCUCAGAUCAGAACUUCUUCCAUCUACACAUCACACAAAUUCCCGAGGGUUCUCGUUAGCGAAUUCUGUUCAUCGUCCAAUUCUUACAAGGAAGAAAUCUGGGAAGAGCCGGUUUCAGGUGAUGAAUGCAACCGGUGAUCACGAGGGUAGUGAAGAGAUAUUUAGUAAUCACAAUGAUGAACAACACCUAGGUGAUAUAAACAUCAAGAGUUCCUCUUCUCAACUCUCAACCUGCAUUGGAGUUUUCACUCACUCUUUACCUAUAAAAUGCCUUCUUACCGGUAUCCUUGGAUGCAGCCCGGUAAUGACACAUAAGAUCUGUGUGGAGGAUUCAUCUGUGACCGUGUUACAGCAUUCGUGGAAAACCGGUUGGCAGGUAAAGCGAACAGAAGAAAAAGAAACACCCAUGGCUCUGUUUUCUAGCUUCUCUGUUUCCGCGUUUCUCUUGAUCGUUGUAUCGGUUCAAUGGACUCUGGUUUGCAGUGAAUCCACAAUCUUAGCUUCUCCUGCUGUUUUACCGUAUAUCAAUGCACCAGAUAUGUCUUCAUUUUUCCCUUCUCCGACCAACGACUGGCCAGUAGAGACAGCGACCUCUCCUGUUCCAGAACCAGAAGCGCCUGGUCCAAGCUCAGGCCAGCUUAAUGGGAAGAUUUCAGGCAGAUCAAUGCGGCUCCAUCCUGAUCUUUCUUUGGUUUUAGCCAUUGUUGGGAUCUGUAGCUUUCUAUGUGUUAAUGAAUCAAUGCUGGUUAGGUUUCUACACUAUUGAUGCUGUAAUAUUUAUAUUUUGUGGUUCGCUUUUAGAGCAUCAUCCUUCGAGUCUGUUUUGUUCUUAAUCACACGAACUUCAACAUAUAAUACUACGUUGUUACUGUUAUACUUAUGUGUAUGCAUAUUUUUAUUUACAGUGUAUAAAAUGCAACAAAGUAUAAAAUGUAGACUCUGAU